AGGCGCCGCCUCCCGUCUUCCGGGACCCGGCACUUCGAGGGGUUCCGGGAGCCGCAGACCGCGGGCUCGCAUGGAGGCCGCCUCGCCGGCGGGACCCGGCGGCCCGCAGCCGCACGCGCCGGGGGUGGUGGGCGCGUCCUUCAGCCUCCUGCGCCGCAUCCGCGGCAAACUCUUCACCUGGGAUAUUCUGAAGACAGUUGCCCUGGGCCAGAUGCUGUCCUUGUGUAUAUGUGGCACAGCUGUCACCAGCCAGUAUCUGGCAGCAAGAUACAAAGUGAAUACCCCCAUGCUUCAGAGCUUUAUCAACUACUGCUUACUGUUUCUAAUUUAUACAGUGAUGCUGGCAUUUCAAUCAGGUAGUGAUAACCUUUUCUACAUCUUAAAGAAGAAAUGGUGGAAGUACAUCCUGCUUGGACUAGCAGAUGUAGAAGCUAAUUACCUGAUUGUCAGAGCAUACCAGUACACAACUCUAACCAGUGUCCAGCUUUUGGAUUGCUUUGGGAUUCCUGUGUUGAUGGCCCUCUCGUGGUUUAUUCUUUAUGCGAGAUACAGAGUGGUCCACUUCAUCGCCGUGGCUGUCUGUCUGUUGGGCGUAGGAACCAUGGUUGGUGCAGACAUCUUAGCAGGGAGGGAAGACAAUUCAGGUAGUAAUGUACUGAUUGGUGACAUCUUGGUCCUUCUUGGGGCUUCCCUCUAUGCUGUUUCUAAUGUGUGUGAAGAAUACAUCGUGAAGAAGCUGAGCAGACAGGAGUUUUUAGGAAUGGUGGGCUUGUUUGGAACAAUUAUCAGUGGCAUACAGCUAUUGAUUGUGGAGUAUAAGGAUAUUGCCAGCAUUCAGUGGGACUGGAAAGUUGCCCUGCUGUUUGUAGCAUUUGCCCUCUGUAUGUUUUGCCUGUACAGCUUCAUGCCACUGGUGAUUAAAGUCACUAGUGCCACUUCUGUCAACCUGGGCAUCCUGACAGCUGACCUCUACAGUCUUUUUUUUGGACUCUUUCUGUUUGGCUAUAAGAUUUUAGAUCCCAAAAUAAAACCUUCUCAUCUCCUUGACAAGAAUUUCUUUGGACACUCACUCCAGGCAAAUAGCAUUUUUCAGGACUCUACAUCCUGUCCUUCACUGUCAUCAUGGUGGGGUUCAUUCUGUACUGCUCCACCCCGACGCGCACAGCAGAGCUGGCUGAAAGCAGCGUGCCACCAGUCACCAGCAUUGGAAUCGACAACCUGGGACUGAAGCUGGAGGAGAACCUCCAGGAGACCCACUCUGUGGCCUUGUAGCUGGAGAAGAAAGCACACACGUACAUCUGAGGUUUCCUGGGACGCUGGGAGCUGUCACCUGGAUAAAACUGAGCCUACUGCCUUAGGACACUCGGAAAAUUAUCAGACUCAGAGUGAACAGUCUGUGGCAUUGGAUUGGAUUGGUUAGAUUUUACGAAGGAAUACAAAAUAAUUUAUCAAAAGUAGAAAUACCAAAAUAGAGCAGAAGCCAAGGCCAAGAUUGUGUUUCUGUGUGUUUGAGGGCCAAUACCUGUUAGUGUCAGGGAGACAAGGUGUGGGGCCCACACUGGGGUCUUAGGGGCACAAGUGGGAAAGCAGGAUCGGGCAGAUACCCAGGUGCGUGUCAGCCUCAUCACAGAGCCUGAGCACAGGCUGUCCAGGCUGGGCUGGGCAGUCAGGAGGAGGGACAGCCCAUGGUAUUUUUUCCUCAUUUGGAAGCAUCUGAGUUUUGUCCUGCUAAGGAGUUAUUGUCCACAAGCCUCGUGGCCUUUAGGCCACUAGAUGAAGGCUGGUGAGUGAUUGUAAGUGCUGGGGAAAUGGGUGGGGCAACACUUGAGCAAAAUCCUGAGCUAAACUGUGAGUACCACAGAAGCCGUACAGUAGAGUGCAGUAAACCCAGCAACCUUCUCCCAGUUGUUACUAUGCUACUUCUUAGCAAAUCAUGUGCCAUGAGAUUUUUGUGAUACUUCUUCAAUACAGAGUGUUAAUACGCAGCAUCAUUAUGAUGUCAACUACCAGGAUGCCACUUUACAAAAACUAUGUAAACUUUUGUGGGUAAAAACAUAAUAAAGAAAUGGAGGGUAAGUAUUCCUAUUAUUAAAAGAUUUUGA